CACCCCCCGCUCCCCCCCCACCGCUGCUGCUGGGCUUGUGAUUGCCGCUCGCUCCAGCUGAGCUAAGAGUAGCAGCGGCAUCAGGGCAGGGACUCACUCCAGCCCUUGGACUUAAGACAUCUUACCAUCUUACGUUGCGUGCGUGACUCAUUCGCACUCAUUUCUGUUUAUGCCUGGGGUGGGGAGAAAAAUCCCAAACCAGCUGUGUAAAUGAGUAUGGAAGAUUAUGAUUUCCUGUUUAAAAUUGUUUUAAUUGGCAACGCUGGUGUGGGGAAGACGUGCCUAGUUCGACGAUUCACUCAGGGUCUUUUCCCCCCAGGUCAAGGAGCCACAAUUGGAGUUGACUUUAUGAUUAAGACAGUGGAGAUUAAUGGUGAAAAAGUAAAGCUUCAGAUCUGGGACACCGCAGGUCAAGAGAGGUUUCGGUCCAUCACCCAGAGCUAUUACCGAAGCGCCAAUGCCUUGAUCCUCACCUAUGACAUCACCUGUGAGGAAUCCUUCCGCUGCCUUCCCGAGUGGCUGCGGGAAAUAGAACAAUAUGCCAGCAACAAGGUCAUCACUGUGCUAGUUGGCAACAAGAUUGAUUUGGCUGAAAGGAGAGAGGUCUCCCAGCAGAGAGCUGAAGAAUUCUCAGAAGCCCAGGACAUGUAUUAUCUGGAGACCUCAGCCAAGGAAUCUGAUAACGUGGAGAAACUCUUCCUUGACUUAGCGUGCCGUCUCAUCAGUGAAGCCAGGCAGAACACCCUUGUGAACAAUGUAUCAUCUCCUUUACCUGGAGAAGGGAAAAGCAUCAGUUAUUUGACUUGUUGUAACUUCAACUAAAGGCUGAGGCACGGAGAAGCAAAAGGAAUCAGCAGCUGCCCCAAUGGGCCACAGAUUGCUGGGGAGACCUGGAGGUGACAGUGGCUCCUGUUCUCGGACCUUCUGACUCCUGAGUUUACAAAGCAUGGCAGGCCAAGGGCCUGGGCCACAGGCCGGCAUUAGCAGAACAUAUAAUGGUUUCAUCCUUUUGCAGUCUGGAGUCAGAGCAAGGAAAAGAUUGCACUGGGCACUCCAUGACCUGCAGAGCAUGUUGCUUUUGUUUUUUUAAAAAGCAAGCAAAAGCGCAUUCCUGAACACAGUCCGGAGAAACCCCUCCUGCCCGUCAGUGGGUGCAUGUGGGGGCUGUUCUUUUUAGGGCUUUUGGGGGCCUUGGUUUUCUUAUCCACCAGAUAACCAAAACUGGGAAGGCCAAGUACUGUCUCCGUGGUGCGUGUUAAUGACCCCAUGGAGAUUUUGAAAAGUGUUAUUUCUCUUGUCCACAGGCACUUUCAAGAACUUUGGGAUGUAAAAAAAUGAAAUGAAACCUUUACCCAUGACCAACAGUUAACCAUUAUUGUUUUAAUAAUAUAUACAAGUUCCACAACUCCUUUUGGUGCUAAUGAUUCUACUAUUUCACAGACCAAAUGUUUUAGUACAUUUAUGUCCUUAAAUGUAUUUCAUAGAAAUAAAAAAAAAUAAGGGAAGUCCAUGAAUCAGCACUCUUUCUCAAAGUCUCAUCAUACCUUUUCUAGGGUGGAUUUACUGGAAAAGAGAAUACUUUCUUUUACGUUCCCCUCUAAAUCUUAACCACUGUUUCAUCUUUCCUGUCCUUUAAGUAAGUGAAAAAAAAAGAAAAAUGAAAAAAAUAGUGGUAGAUAAUAUUCUAAUAUAAAAGAUUAGCUCUAAGACAUUACAAGUGGGUUUGAGAAAACAGACCGGAUCUGACCAAAAUACUGUGGAUGCCUGGACUGCAGUGGAGAGUUCCAAGCAGAGCACAGCCCUGGGCACAGCCGCGGCUGCUCUCCGGCACUAUUGAUCUUGGACAGACCAAGGCCUAGGAUUUUGUAGGUUUUUAGUAUAAGCGAAAAUAGCAACAGAUGCAAAUUCUCACAAACCAUUUUUGUAUCUUCAAUGACAACCUUAGAAAAUAUCUGCUUCUGGAGGCAGGUUCACUCGUCAUUUGUCACCUCUUUUGUGUCGUAGUGUUACCUUCGGACAUGCAUUCUUUCCUGUUUCUUUUUUCUUUUCCUCUCUUUCUUUCCUGGCCUCUCCCUUCUUUUCCGCUUCCCUCCCUCCCUCUUCCUAACUGCCCCCUUUCCUUAUAUGCAUGUGUUACUGCACAUCUCCAGUUUAGAUGGAGGUGUAUAUGCCUUUACUUAGCCAAUUUUAAACCAGGACUCAAAAAUGGAAGACAUGCUGCUGAAUAUGUGUUAUUUCUUCAGUGCCAUAAUUUGAUACCAUCCAAUUUGUUUACUGAUAUUAAUGCAAAUUGGAAAAAUAAACCUGAAUGCGGUCAAUGCUCUCAGAUGUUUAUGUAGCCUGCUGCUUAGCAUAAUUGAGGGAUGAGUAAUGGAAUAAGGAUAUAAUAUGUAAUCCUGCUGUUUCUGUGGAUGGAGGCAAUCUCAGUCCUGAUAUGUUGAUGUUUGAAAGCUAAUUUUAAAGCAGUGAGUCCUGUAGAGAUAAGGUAUUGAUAAAGUAUUUCUAGCAUUCUCUAGCAGGUUUCAGGGUGAGCCAUCUUGCACAUGGGGACUAUACAUCAUUCUUUAAGGGACUGAUGCUUGUGGCUGGCCCCACUGUUUGUCCUGAUCGUAUGAGUAAGAGAGAGCCCAGAAGUUGGAGUUGUUUUUCAUUUUAGAACCUCUCUCUACAGAAAAGAAAAAUCACUUUAAUAAACACUAACCAAAAGAAUUUACAACUGUUGCCUUUUUUCCCCUCAUCUUUCCCACUAAGACAGCAACUACAGGUAUUCAG